AUGGUGUCCAUCAAGUGCCUCUACACUAUCCACGCGCUUUUGUUGCUGCUGUGGAUCACUCCAACACAAUCGCUGUCCGUUUCCGCAGCGAGCUUCCCAUACCUCAAUGCGGCGUACUUGGCCAACUUUGGUCGGGGGCGGCUCUACUUCAUGGGCCUCUCCAUGAACCCUCAGUCGAUCCAGAUCAACCAACAGAGUGGCGUUCAGGGCUUCCAGGUCUACAGGGACGGCAAUCCAUCCACCACCGACACGUACUUUGUCUAUCUCAGCCAGCCGCAGACGUGCUACAGAUGGUACAUGGCAUCUGGAAGCAUUACCGGUCAGACAGCCUCCAACGCAGUAGCGCCAUACACGUCCAAUCUUACAGCGUAUAUUUGGCUUAUUGACGAAGCUUCGGCUACGGCAUCGGAACUGGCCGGAACAGCAGCUACUCCCGGGAGUGCCCUGGGUGACUCACCCAUCAUUUCGUUUCCGUCCAGCCGCUCAGUUGCAAUCAAUUCGCUGACAUACGACAAGUCCAACAUAUACUGGGCGCUGAGCUACAACGCAAGCAGUGCUGGCCUGAUUCCAAUGUUGCUGGCGAGCGCUGGGGUGGCUGUGUUGAACUGCCUGGUUGCCCAAACGCCCGUAUAUCUCAACGUUCUGCAAUACUCCAACGCGGGGUCAGGGCAGGCGCAACUCCCAGCCACCAUCAGUCCAAGCAACACUGUCGGUCCGUUUUGGCUCUCUGUUGAUCCGUGCAAUCAAAAUGUGGUUCUAUCCCAAGCCUAUUCCAUAUCGAACGCCACAUUCCUGAUGUCCCAGCUUCCGCUCUUUGGCUCACUUUCGGCAUCCAACAUCCAGCCAACUGGAUUGGCCGGCACGAUCCUGAUGAUGGUCUCGAACUCAGCCGGGGUUGCUGCCUUGACCACUUCUGGGCUAUAUUUCAGCCAAAAUGCAAUCAGCUUUGUGGCUGCUCAAGGAGGCUUACCGGCUUCCCCAUACAGCCUGAAUUCGCUUCGACAGCCGACGUGGUGUAACUACUAUAGCGUUUCGGUCAGCUUGAAUGCGGUUGUCAUUGCUUGGCAGAAGACACAGGGCAGCGGCGUCAUUUUCAUCAGCACAAAUGGCGGACAAACAUAUCAAGCACUGGACCUGUCAUCCCAAAUCACGGCUUCGGCGGCUUCCGUAGGAAGUGGCUUCGUCCGGGAUGUGUCGGUGGACCACAUUCGAUCCAGGCUGUCUGCUCUCAUCCGUCGCUCGGACGGCCGGGACCAGAUCAUUAUCAUCGACAUGGCCAACAGCUUGGCCGUCUCCCUGGGGUACCUCUUUGCGAGCCUGGACGCCGACUCACCCAUUCUGGAUGCAGGUGCGAAGGUACGAUUCGGUUUGGAGUCACGGGCGUCCUGCAACAACUUUGCAGUAGAUCCCGACGGAGGAACAUCGGUAGUUCAGUUUCAACUCUUCAGCAGAGACCCAACCACAACGGCCACCGGGCUGAUGGCCACCGAAUAUGUGUCUCAAGUCGUCUCCAAUGCCGAUGGAUUGAUUGCGGCAAUGACAUCGUCAAAUAGACUCUUUCUCGGCAAGCUCGGGCUCUCGCAGCUCUAUGAAAUUGCAUCGGGCGUUCUUUCCACCGAUGCCACGUCGUCGAUUGCGGUCGAUGUAUACGGCCGUCUCCAGGUCGUUUCGCCUUCUGGAACGGUCCCAGGAAGCAUCAAUGUCCGAUACGUUCCCGUACCCAGCGAGAUCGAAUCCCUCAGUGCGAUCUCGUCUCUCGCCUGCAAUUACCAAAGCUGGAGCGCCAACAUCAGCGGCAACUAUAUUCUGGACGUUCAUGAUGUUUUGCCCUACCAGAUUGCGCUAACGCCAAACCCGGGCUCGAAAGGAGCAGUCUUUUUUUCAACAACCUCUCAAUCCUUAAUCAACCUCACCACGCUGCCAGCCCAAGAGACGGUGUCGUAUUCCUUCGGGGCCCUGGCGACCACAAAUGUGCUCUAUCAAGGAUCAAUAUCCCCACAGAGUUACCAGAGCCCGGGAAAUACCCUGCUCAAAAUCCAGCCCACCAGCAUCGCCCUUGGCUGUGCUACAACGCAAAAGACUGUAUCUUUCAACUGCUCGCUGUAUGGACCGCCGAUUCCAGCGUACUACGCAUACAAUUUUGUGCCAAUAUUUGAUGUCUACGACGGAAGUGUGUUGCAGGAGACGCUACAAGCAAACUUUGUCCUCUGGGAAGAUAACGGGCGCACAACAUUCAGCUUCAACACGACCGUUGGUCAGUCCUAUCAGAGCUGCUUUGUGACCAACCCAAAUGCCCAGUCCUUCAGUGCCUCGAGUGUGUACCAGAUAUUGAACUACAGCAGUUACUCAGCCAUAACUUGGUCAUCCGGAAACGACGGAAUCUACAUGUUUUCGGCCAAGGUCAUUGACCCCUCGUAUAGCUAUUGCCUGCUGACUACAAAGUUUGCUGUCAGCGUCUACGGAUCACCCAUCUCCGUGGGAGCCCAGACGGCCAUAGUCUUUGGCAUGUGUGCUGGGAUCUUGCUCAUCCUGUUUAUCUCGUACUUUGUGUACUGGAGCAAAAACGAAAAGGAGCGCAAGGAGCAAGAGGAGCGGGAGCGACUGGAAGAAGAAGCCGAGAAGCGUGAAGAGGAGGAGUUGUUGCUCAAGGACGCCAAAAAGUGGGAUGCUAUCCCUGAGGAAUCCGGCUGA